AUGAGUAUUUCGAAGUCAUCUUCAAGCAUUCCUGUUUUCACCUAUUUGUUUACUUCGAAUAGCAUCAGUUCUAUGCCUAAUCUACCAAACGAUCAUUCUAUAAUCAUGUCUAGCGCAAAUGCUACGAGACAUUCCCUCGGACGCCCUCGCUGCCACUCUUUUCCUCCAGCGGUGCCUCAAGUUCGUAGGACGCCUCGGGCGGGUUCCGAGCCUCCAGCUCGACUUGGACUACAGUCUCGUUCUCGGACCCAUUCACCCACGCCUCCGCCUCCACCUCCCCCUUCAGUUAGCUCGUCUCCUCCUCCUCCUUACGAAGAGUUACCACCAGAGAAUCCGCCAUCGUAUGCCCCGGAAAAUGUCCCUACGAUGCCCGCAGCCUCGUCUCCGCCAAAUCAACCACCACCACCGGCGUACUCCGAGAUGCCGAGCGAAGGUGGAGCAGUCGCACGUAGGCAUCAUAACUUAGCACAAGGAGCAAUAGGAAGAACCCUAUCCCAACACCGUAACCAAGGGAUCCGGCGGCGCUCUCAGAGCGAGUCUCCUCCAGCCCCCUGGCAGAACGAUGAGGGCUGGCGCCCUUUCCUUCCAGACGAGGAGAAUCAGACUUGA